GAAGAGUAUUAAAGCAAGUGUUAUCUGUGUUCAUAGAAAUGGAUUGGUUGUCGUUAAUCUUGUGGCUUGUGAUCGGGACUAUAUCGAUAACUUUCUUGUUCUUUAAGAAAAGAUAUGCAUAUUGGAAAGAUCGCGGUGUUGAAUACGUUCAACCUACGAUUCCAUUAGGAAACCUUCCAUUCCGAAGAAAAUUACAUUUCAAAGAAAUAACAGGCAAUAUUUAUGAUCGAAAAAGUGGGAAAAGUCCCUUCCUUGGAGCCUUCUUUUUCGCGACACCCGCCGUUGUUGCCACUGAUCUGGAUUUUGUUCAAACUGUUCUAAUAAAGGACUUCAGCACUUUUCAUGGACGAGGAGUGUACGUCAACGAAGUAGACGAUCCAAUAUCGGCUCAUAUGUUUUCCUUGGACGGAGAAAAGUGGAAAUCCUUGAGAGCCAAAUUGUCACCAACAUUCACUUCUGGCAAAAUGAAAUUCAUGUUCCCGACGGUUGUCGAAGUGGCUGACCGCUUCAAUGCUAAUCUAGUUGAUUUGACAAAAGGAAAUGGGACACUGGAGAUGAAGGAUUUAUUGGCACGAUUUACGACUGAUGUGAUUGGAACCUGUGCAUUUGGUAUCGAAUGUAAUAGUAUGAAAACACCCGAUUCCGAAUUUCGUCGAUACGGUUCAAAAGCAUUCGAUGAUCCUCCGCAUUCUACGCUUUUUCAACUACUCGGUUCUAUCUAUCCAAACAUAGCAAGAAAAUACUUUCAUAUGAGAGUGUUCAAAAAAGAAGUGAGCGACUUCUUCAUGGAUACAGUACGCGAAACUAUCGCCUUCCGUGAAGAGAAUAAUGUGCGCCGUAACGAUUUUAUGGAUUUAUUGAUUCAGUUAAAGAAUGGUGGAUCACUAGAAGAUGAACAUUCAAAAAAGCUAGGAAAACUGACUUUGGAGGAAGUUACCGCCCAAGCUUUCUUAUUUUUCUUGGCAGGUUUCGAAACAUCGUCCACCACGAUGAUGUUCGCAUUAUAUGAGCUUUCUUUGAAUCCUGAUAUUCAAGAGAAUGCUCGCCAGGAAAUAGAAGAGAUUCUAAACAAGCACGAUGGGAAGAUAAGUUAUGAAAGUGUGAAAGAAAUGGUUCUUAUCGACAAAAUUAUAAGUGAAACUUUACGAAAAUACCCGCCAGUAGUCAACUUAAUUCGAAAAUGCGCCCAAGACUUCAAGGUCCCAAAUCAUGAUGUGAUCAUAGAAAAGGAUACAACUGUAGUCAUACCAGCUUAUUCAAUCCAACAUGAUCCAGAAAUUUAUGAAAAUCCUGAAGUGUUUGAUCCUGAACGGUUUUCUCCAGAACAGCCAUGCGAAAAGACAACAAUUCCUAUGGAAUUUUCUGAACAGAAUCCCUUGCUUUCACCUAAAUAUGGAAUGUAUCUGCGUGUUGAGAAAGUAAACUUUACGAAAAUACCCGCCAGCACCAGUAGUAAGUUACUACGUAAAUGCGCCCACGACUUCCAUGUUCCAGAUUCCGAUAUAAUCAUUGAGAAAGAUACAGUUGUGUUUAUUCCAGCUUACUCGAUCCAUCGUGACCCAAAAAUUUAUGAAAAUCCUGAAGUGUUUGAUCCUGAACGAUUUUCUCCAGAGCAAGUUAAAAAUCGUCGCCCAGUAGCAUUUCUGGGAUUCGGUGAUGGACCCAAAAACUGUGAAGGAUUAAAAUUUGGAACAAUGCAGUCACGUAUUGGAUUGGUUACUCUCUUGAAAAAUUAUCGCUUUAAACCAAGCGAAAAGACAAGAAUUGCUGUGGAAUAUGUGGAAGAGCAUCCUCAACUUUCACUAAAAUACGGAAUUCAUUUACUUGUCGAAAAGGUGUAG